UCUUUCUGAAGACAAUGGCUAUUCAUCAAAAGCUUACCCCAAUUUUUGUCUUUCUUGUUCUGUUGGCUUUCAACUUGAGCGAUGCGCAGAACUUGAAAGUUGGGUUCUACCAAAAAGCAUGCCCAAAUCUAGAGGCCAUUGUCUCGAAGACAACUUAUCAGUACAUAUCUCGGGCACCAACGCUUGCUGCUCCUUUACUGAGGAUGCAUUUUCAUGAUUGCUUUGUUAGGGGAUGUGAUGGCUCUGUGCUAAUUAAUUCAACAGCAAGCAAUCAAGCAGAGAAAUCAGCUGGGGCCAACCUGAGCUUGAGAGGGUACCAUGUUAUUGACGCUGUAAAAUCUGCAGUAGAGAAGAAGUGUCCCGGCAUUGUUUCUUGUGCGGAUAUCCUAGCGCUGGUAGCACGCGACGCAGUAGGAUUCCUUCAUAGUGGUGCAUUUUGGCAAGUUCCGACAGGACGGAGAGAUGGGAGAGUGUCAUUAGCCUCAGAAACCGGAGGAAACUUACCUCCUCCAUUUGCCAACAUUACUCAGCUGAAAGCAUCGUUCAGUGCAAAGGGUCUAAGUGUUAAAGACCUAGCGGUUCUAUCAGGAGGUCACACCAUUGGCACAGCUCACUGUGGAGCAUUUACGGCUCGAUUGUACAACUUCACUGGCCGUGGCGACACAGAUCCCAGUUUGGACAAAAAUUACAUUGCUGCGUUGAAGAUCAAAUGCAAGCCGGGAGAUAUCAGAACUACCAUUGUUGAGAUGGAUCCCGGAAGCUUCAAGACAUUUGAUGAAGAUUACUACACUCUUGUCUCUAAAAGAAGAGGGCUUUUUCAAUCUGAUGCUGCUCUUCUAGACGACACUGAGACGAAAGCCUACGUUUUACGUCAAGUUACCACUCAAGGAUCUACAUUUCUAAAAGAUUUUGGUGAAUCGAUGGUGAAGAUGGGUAAUAUUGGAGUCCUCACUGGCUCAGCUGGUGAAAUUAGGAAGCAAUGUGCUUUUAUUAAUUGAUGAUCAUGUAAAGUUUUUUAAUUUUUGUUCAUUUUUUCAGCUGCUGGUUGGGUUAUCUUUUUGUAUAUUAAGUUAUUAAUCAUGUAAUAAUGCUUGUGUUCUUCAUCCCAGAAGGUUGCAGCCAGAUUGGGUUUGCUUUGUGCAUGCAUCAAGUGAUUUUGCACUACUGUGGCAAUUUCACCAUCUCCUGUAACUUUUCAAUAAUUUUCAU